AUUAUACAGUAUUUUUUUCAUCUGGUAAGUAUUAUCCCUAUCCUUUUUUAUUUUUUAAAUCAUUAUACAUAUUCUUCAUUAAGGGUGUCAUGAUUUCGAUUUAAUAAAAUAUACAUAGAAGAAAAGCCAUAGGCCAAACAAAAAAGGCAAGGUUCAGGGACUGACAUAUAUUAUAUCAAAAAGGAAUUCAAAGACAGAAAAAUAAAUAAAUAAAUAAAACCUCCCCACAAAACAUCAAAUGAUAAUAAUAAAAGGAGUAAAAUAAAUAAAUUAUACAAAAUAUAAUCCCUAUCCUUUCGAAAACGAAACAUCGUUAAUGACGUCAUCCUAAAUAUGGCAAUUAUAUAGUGGUAUUUGUAGUAAACCUAACUUACCACUGCCUCAAGUUCAACUAUAGUAAAAACUAGUAGUAGGCUACAGCUGGAUUUCACAGUCACAUUUAUCUUUUCGAGCGAGAACCUAUUGUGAAACGAUCUAAUGAAAAAUCUGAAUAGAUUUUACUCAUAAAGAAAGCGUUUCUGUACAGUAAUGGCAGUCUACUGUAGGCUACUUAUUAAAACAGACUGCGAAGCUUCCAGAACACGUGAUGUUACAGUUUCCAGUUACACGUGUUAUUGUUGAAAGGCACGCAGCAUCCGUGGUCACUAUGGUGACUUCGGUCUAAACAACUACUGCGUAGUCCGCGCGUUCUUCCGGCUUAAGAUUGUUUGGUUUAUUUGUGAUACAAUAACAAAUGUCAAAAUCAAAGCAAGAUAAACUGUACGAGUUAAAUAUGCGCAGAGAGACCUGGUGUGGCGUGGAAACAACCAGUAAGUUCUGGAAUCUACCUGAAAGAAGACACUUCCGGUGUCACCUCCAGGAUACCCGUGGCUCAAGUUCGAGUCCCGAGCAACGAUCGUCGUGGAUGCAGAGCAACAACACCAGACAUCCAGAGAGGAGACACUUUGAAGAAAGCUAUGAAUCUCAUCUGGUAUGAAGAACUGCAAUCAACCACAUUUCUAAGUAAAUGCCUUCAGGCAGUAAUAAAUGUGGAUAAUCAAA